AUGGCUCCUCAACUCAGCGCCGCCGGCAAGGCUCACAUCGACAAGUUCCUCGAGGACACCGUUAAUGCGCGCAAGUACCCCGCCCAGUUUGUCGGUGUCACAACUGGUGAUGGGAUUCUUCACUUUGCGGCCGGUGGCGAUGUCAACUUUGGUGACGCGUCCAAGGGCCAAGUCAACGAGAACACUACGGUCGAGCUGUGGUCCAUGACCAAGCUCAUGACGUCCAUUGCCUGCCUCCAGUUGGCUGAGAAGGGACUGGUCGACUUCGAUGACCCUGCGCUCAUCGAGAAGCAUUGCCCUCUGCUGGUCAAGGUGCCCAUCCUCGAGGGCUAUUCGGACGAUGGCAAGCCCAUCACCAAGCAGCGCAAGAACCCCAUCACCCUCCGCCGCCUUCUCACCCAUACAUCUGGUUGCGGAUACGCCGUUGUAAACCCCCUUCUCGGCCGCUGGGAACAGGAAAACAAGAUUCUCUCCUGGGUCCGCCCAGGCGCCACGGUCGAAUCAAUCGCGACCCCCAUCUUGUUCGAGCCUGGCACCAAGUUCCAGUACGGCGUCGGUAUCGACUGGGCGGGUUUCGUGGUCAUGAGCGUCACUGGCAAGUCACUGGAAGAGUACUUCAAGGAGAACAUUUGGGGCCCCUGCGGCAUGACGUCAACAUCGUUCUACCCUACCGACGACAUCAAGAGCCGCCUGAUGCACAUGUGCGGUCGCGACGCCGAGGGCAAUAUCACUCUCCAGGACGGAUUUAGGCCGAUUCCCAAGCUCAAGCCCGAGGACAUUACGUUCCUUUCGGGAGGCGGUGGCACCCUUGGUACACUCAAAGAGUACCUGACCAUGCUUCAGCACAUCCUUGCAUGCAAGGACAAGGAGGGCGGUAUCAUCUCGCCUGCGUCCUUCAAGCUCCUCUUCACUCCGUCACUCCCGCCUCGUGACGAAACCAACACAUGCGCCAAGAACAUGGGUGGAAUGCUGGCAAUGAUGGGAGACAGCGACGAGCCGCAGUUCACGUCGGGUGACAAACUCAACCACACCCUCGGCUUGGCCUUGUUCGAGGCCGAUUCAAGCAAGGGUCCCAAGGCAGGAUCUGGAUUCUGGGGAGGCGCCGCGAAGACAAGCUACUGGAUCGACCCAGCCAGCGGCAUUGCGGCCGUCUGUGGCACCAACAUCCUCGACCAGGACCCGUCCUAUCGCGCCGUUGUGAAUGGUUUCCAGCGUGUGAUUUACGAGGCUUUGGAGAUGUCGAAGUAG